AGGGUUCUUGCGCUCGAGCUGCUGCCUGGAAACGGGAGGCCGGAGGCGGAUAAUCAUCGAGAGGGACCAGGUAGUGGAGGGGGACCUCAAUCACCGAGGGACAACUUAAUGCAGGGGGAUCUCCCUGAUCGAGGGACAAGAUAAGAAAAGGAAAAACUGUAUGGAGCAAGAACAGGACAAGAGCAAACCACGGUCAAAGAGACCAGACAAAGCACUGUACAUUCCCAGAGCACGGCGACACUUAAGCACAGAGCAACAGCAGCUAAGCUGUGAUCCCAAACUAGAGGUAGAAGCCCAAAAGGUAUUCUCAAGUACGGUAAUUGCAGCAGAAAAGACCGAGAAAAGUACCACCGUAAAGGUAUUGCCUUACAAUAACUUGGGAAUGCCCCAUGAGUGGAUUCACACACAAAGCAACUUACCUCAUAAGGAAGAAAGCCAAGGAGAGCACACAAACAAGGAUUUUAAAAAGAGGCAAUCUGUGAACUCUGUCCGAGAAAGGAAGUCAAGUGAAGGAAACAGAUUGGAAUCAAAGCACUUGAAAGGAAAGAGGGCGACCCAGCAGAAGUGUAGGGCAGGAUCAAAGAGUAGUAAAUUGCACCACAGAGAGAAAGAACUGUCACAAAAAUGUAAUAAUAUCGAUGUAGCAGCAAAUGGUUUACUUGAAGUUACCAGCUCGAUUGCUGAGAAUAAUGGAGAAGGAAUGAAAUCCAGUCACACAGAAAUCCAAAUCCCUGCGCAGCAGAUUACCACAAAUAUGUCUAGUGAUGAACAGUCAGAGCUCAGAAACAAUGACCGACUCAAUAAUGCAGAUUCUGUUGCGAGUGAGCAUGAGACUGAUGUAAACAAAUCUUUCCAUCUAAAAGCUGCCUCUGGUAUGAGCAGAAGUUGUGAUUCUGACAAUUUUCUUAAGUCAAAUGAGCAGGUAUCCUCUAAAUUAGCCAUCUGUAAAUGCUCAGAUCCUGUGAAACAAAAUGUAUUAGAAUGCUCAGAAGGUGUAAAAGAGGCACAGCAGAUGGAAAGGAGCAGUAGACAAUAUUCAUGCACUGAAGCUACUGAAGUAGACAGUUCUUACAAGAUAUUUGCUGUGAACAAUGCAGCAGAGCAUGAAACUAGGAUAGAUAAUGACUCUUUCUCUCAGGGAACUGAGAUUAUGUUUCUAAAGGAGAACAGUGUUAGUUUACCCACCACUUUAUCUGGAAAUGUAGUCUUCUCAGAAUCUCCAAGUUUCAAAUUUGUUGCUCUUUCAACCAUACAAGAAGUGCAGCAAAGAACAGAAAAGGCUGGAUCCUUAAUAGAAAGAGACAACACUGCAGUCAACCUGACAGACAGCAAACCUGUCAGCACGGAGCAGGAUGCUGAAUUCAGUGUUGCUUUGCAAGCUGUCAACCAAAUCUCACUAGCUUCAGACCAACUAAAUACUGAUACAGAAGAAACUGAGUGCAUUAAAGCAGCUGUUCCUGAAGAACCAGAUGAUGGCACUUGGGAUGCCCUUUUCAAUGACGAUGGAGAUUGCUUGGACCCUCAUUUCCUCGACGAGCUAACUGCUAAUAGGAAGCCAAAGAAGAAUAUUCAGGAUCCUUGUUUCAACUAUUACAACUACCAGCCAGCAGAACCAGACAUUGAUGAUUCGGAAUUUUCACACAUUGUCGAGAUCUAUGAUUUUCCUGCAGAAUUUAAGACUGAGGAUUUGCUUCAGGCUUUCUCCAUUUAUCAGAAGAAAGGAUUCGAUAUCAAAUGGGUGGAUGACACACACGCUUUAGGCUUGUUUUCAAGUGCAAUUGCAGCACGUGAUGCGAUGAGUACCAAGCAUCCAAUGCUGAAGACUCGACCUUUAUCACAAGCGUCUAGAUCGUCGAAGGUCAAGGCUAGAAACUGUGCAGAAUUUCUCCUACCUGCAAAGGAACGCCCUCAGACAAGUGCCAUGCUCGCUAGAAGGUUGGUCAUUGGAGCACUUGGUGUGAGAAGCAAUCAAACCAAAGCAGAACGAGAAGCUGAACGCAAAAAGCUGAAGGAAGCGAGAGAGCAAAAACAGCUUGCAGCCCAGCAAAUUGAAGAUGCUUGGGAAGGAAGGUAGCCUAAGAACUUAAAAUAAAUUGGACAACAGCAGUCAACAAUGUUUUCCUCACUCUGACCGCCUCAGUAUGAAAAUACGUCAGUUUGACGUGCUGAGAGGAGGCAUGAAUGUGAUGUCUGCUUUCAGAUGUACACAGUUUGUGUUGCAUUAUCUGCAUAGGGGAGAUAUUGAAAAGCCUGUGUGAAGAACUGCACAGCGUAUAAUACAAAGUGAGCUUGCAAGACCUGCGCGAAGUAUGGAUUUUUUGCUGAAGUCACUAUUGACUGAUGUCCAUGUGCUAACAAUGCGUUUAAGUCUGUUUUUAAGGCUCUUUCUCUUUAAUUUUUAGAGCAACCAGUGUAGACCCUUAGCAGUUGGACAGCAGCUAAUAGAUUCCCAGUGUUUCUUAAGGACUUUUAUUCCAAUUCCUCAUGUAUUUUUAAUGCACAGAUUUAGUCAGCACAGAUUCAUUUUUUUGAAUCUGACAGCUGGAAUUACUUGAGGUAUUGGAUAGGAGUUGCAGGAUGUUUCUGGUUUGGUGGGGCAAUUGGCCUUCCUCACUGACAAUUCUGAGACCUCUUGGUAUAUUUUCCUGUUUCUUUACCUUCUGUUUGGGUGCUGCAAACAAUAUCUUACAGAAUAUUGUCUUUAAUACAGAUAUUGGGAAGUUUGUUUUCACCUUCUUUCUUCACCUACCUUCCAUCCCUAAUGUGGAAUGAUCCCAAGUCUGUGGGGUAUGGUCAGCAGUGAUCAUCAAUACAUGUGUCUGCACUUCCUGGUUCCUUUAUCUGCCUCUAUUCAGUAGUUUAAAGUUUCAGACAAUUUUUAAUCAACCUCUUUAGGGAUGAGGUGACACACCUCUGGAACAGGUAGGUCUUGAACCUGAGCCUUCUGGCUCAGAGCUGAGAACAUUAACACUGCAUCAUUCAUACUCACUCAAGGUUUUAUAUCAAAACACAAGAAUCAGUUAAUGUGAUUGAAAUUGAUUGGAAAAUGUAGACCUCAAAAAGAACUCCUGAUGUCUGUCAUUUUCACUUGACAUUACAUGCCUGACUUCAACAAACUGUCCAAAGAGACAGGUUACUUGGAUUAGCUUUGGAAAUUACCAGUAUUGGAGUUUUUGGCCAAACAGUAAUUUGGAAGUGACUCCAUGUGAUAUAAUCUUACAGAACUUGACACAAAACCUUUGUGAUGGCACUGGGUAAGGACAUUCAACAUUUAUGAUGACGUUAUACCGCAGCUAAACAGUGAGGACUGAGACAGUACCAGCAGACGUGUUGCCUUGACAUGGAUCUUGAACAUUUCCUUCUCACCCAUCCAGACAAAAUAACAAACAAGGAGUUGGGUAAGGUGCUAUAUAAAUGCAGGUCAUUAAUUAAUUGUGCUUAACUACAUUUUGGGACAUUAAAUAUAAGUAAAUGGUUUAAUAAUAGAAUAAGGCCACAACAUAAAGGGAAUUCACCAAGGUAGUACUACUUCAUGAAAUCAAAACCCCUUGCUGCCAUUACUGAACUCUUCAACUAACUUACCUUUCUUUUGCUCACACAGGGUGAGAGCCCUUAUGGUACAAUGGUAGUAUCCCUUCCUCUGAUCUAGGAGACCCAGGUUUUAAGCCCCACUUGCAUCAGAUAUUAGUAAGAACAACUGAUCAGGCUGAUUGAAAAUUAUCUACAGAGGGCUACCGCAUGCGGCUUAUUUGCCACGUUGUAGAUAAUCACCAAGUAAUUUGCAGAAUUGGGAUCGAAAGCUUGAGUUGAUAAUACUUUGAAUUUGUGUAUACACUCAAGGCCAUGCAUUUACAGUGACUGAAUAAGUCAAUUUAGUUAUUGUCAUGUGGGAUUUAUUUUUAUGCCAGUAAUUUUCUUAGUGAUUGUGUAUUUUACUGUGAAACCCUAAACAAAGUUUCCCAGAGAAUGGUAUGUUGCUCAAGACAAAUCCAGUCAUUAUUAAGUUAAAGAUGUGAGAACCGUAAAGAAAGUUCUUUUUUUAGUGUCUUCACUGGAUCAUCAGCUCAAUACUAAAUUUAAAUCUCUGUCACUAAUUUGUAAAAUAAAUUGCCAGUUGUAAAA